UUAGCAAGUUUGCAGCUAAUGUCCAUUGCAAGGUCAGCUGCGAAACACACUUUCCGCUGCAAGCGGACGAGAAGUGAAUCGGGGAACUGCAGAGUAAGUCAUCAAGGAGAAACUCAUCUCAAAGGUAAAAAGGAGAAGGGACGGUUGGAGACGUCUGUUCUGCCACUGCUAAAUCGUUUUAUUUCAGACCUGCAAAUGAUAUAUGGCCACACCUUCCUUUCUUGCGUGCACCCCGUGGCUUUUGCGGUAGCGUGUGAUGUUGAGAUCUCCAAGACGUAAUCGGAAGUUGGGCGUGUUCCUAUCAAACUUUACUGAUACAUUGCUCUGAUUCGAUAGUCUGCUGUUUUUUUGUGUUUCCCUCUCUGUCUUACGUUCUACAUUAAAGCGUUAAGCCUGGAUUUAGGACCGUGGAAACGAGGAGCUGCCUGGAUCAUGGGGAAUGCAGCGGGGACCCUGGAGAUGUUCCAGGCCCGUGAUUCAAAGACACAACCGCCAACAGGGACUACCCCACCAAAGCCGAAAGAUGGCUCCACUUCCAAAGUUCCAAGACCAAGUUCGGGAGAGCUGGAGGAGAGAUUCAACGUAGUGCUGGAAGCUAUGAAUCUCCCUCCAGAUAAGAUCAGCGUUCUCCGGCAGUAUGACCAAGACAAGAAAUGGGAGCUGGUGUGUGAUCAGGAAAGGUUCCAGGUGAAGAACCCACCAGCCACCUACAUCCAUAAACUGAGAAGCUAUGUGGACACGGGUGGAAUCAGCCGGAAGUUCAAGAGAAGAGUUCAAGAAUCCACACAGGUUCUAAGAGAACUAGAGAUCUCCUUACGGACCAAUCACAUUGGGUGGGUGGAAGAGUUCCUGAGUCCAGAGGUUGGUGGCCUUGAAGCUCUAGUGGAGUACUUGUCCUUUGCUCAGUGCUCCUUCCCGUUAGAUGUGGAGAGUUCCGACAAUGGAACACCUGAGAAAUCAAAAUCUUUGCAGAGGUCAAUGGAGGAUAUUAACAAAAGCAGCACAUCCUCUUCUCCUGCAACUAUUCCGUCACGUGCCCGCAACCUAACCACCAAAUACAACUUUUACAACCGCGCUACAAUGAGGAACUCUCGGCACGCUAACAUGAAGGAUGAUGUACACGUGUGCAUCAUGUGCUUGCGGGCAAUCAUGAACUACCAGUCUGGAUUCAGUAUGGUGAUGUCCCACCCCUCCUGUGUCAAUCAGAUCACCCUCAGUCUCACCAACAAGAACCCCCGUACAAAGGCCCUGGUCCUAGAGCUUCUGGCAGCCGUGUGUUUGGUCAGGGGAGGGCAUGAACUGAUACUCUCGGCUUUCAACUAUUUCCAGGAGGUAUGCGGAGAAGGUGCAAGAUUUGAAAAGUUAAUGGAAUACUUCCGAACUGAGGAUUCCAACAUUGACUUUAUGGUGGCUUGCAUGCAGUUCAUUAACAUAGUGGUCCACUCUGUGAAAAACAUGAAUUUCCGGGUUUUUCUACAGUAUGAAUUCUCCCUCUUGGGACUGGAAGAGUAUCUUGAGGAGUUGAAGACGACGGAAAGCGAAAGACUCCAAGUACAAAUUCAAGCCUAUCUUGAUAAUAUCUUUGACGUGAAUAGUCUUCUAGAGGACACUGAGAACAAACAUGAGAUGCUCGAGCAUGUUGAUGACCUACAAGCCCAUAUGACUCAUCUCACAGAGAAGCUACAGCAAACAGAAAACGAAUACAUGAGAAGAGUGGCUGAGCUAGAGAAGCAGUUGGACCAGACUCGCAAAGAGUUAAAUGCUUUAAAAGAGAAGCAAGCCUCAUAUGUUCCAGUGGAUACACACCUGGCUGUAAGACGUUUGAAAUCCAACGACCACGGAGUACUGUGGGUUGAGCCUGCAGGGGACACGUGUACAGAGGAUUCCUACUCUAGCAGUGAGAACAUUGGGUCCUAUGCUAGCACGACCCAUCCUCCAGCCUCACCAUCAGCCAUCAGGCUGACUAUAUUAUCUCCUCCAGUCACAGCUUCAGAUACUGUUCCUUACAAGACAGAAGAACCUUUGGAUACUUCCACCUCUCCUUUAUUGUUGGCUCUGGAGUCAGAGAUUCGCACUGUUCCACCAGCUCCAAGGUUGGAUUACAGCAUUGUCACUACCACCCCUUCAGAGACCAUGUCUGAGCCUACCAUUCCACCAGCUCCUCCGCUACCAACAGCAAAGGAUGACAAUACAGAAUGCCAACAACACCUACCGCCAUCUGAUAUCAGCGAAUCACAAAAAGUAACACCAGUUCUUGAUAAUUCAAAUGUUCCUCCUCCACCUCCACCCCCUCCUGGCUUGAUGAAUGGAUCUCCUGUUCCUCCACCACCCCCUGGUGGUCCUCCUGCUCCUCCUCCUCCACCACCACCACCACCUGGACCUGGUGGUCCUCCUGCUCCUCCUCCACCACCACCUGGACCUGGUGGUCCUCCUGUUCCUCCCCCACCACCUUGUGUUAGCGGUGGCCCCCCACCUCCUCCACCACCUUCUGGAGGCCUUGCUGCACCACCUCCUUCUGGACCAGGCGGCUUACAUACAGGUGUGAGUAUUAAGAAACCAGUGCAGACUAAAAACAGGAUGCAAGCCUUCAACUGGGUGGCCUUGAAACCCACACAAAUCACAGGGACUGUCUUCACGCAACUGGAUGACGAGAAGGUUCUUCAGGAACUUGACAUGAGUGAAUUUGAGGACCAGUUUAAAACGAAGGCCCAGGGUCCAAGUGCGACUACCUUCUCAAAGAAAGUGAAAGCAGCACAGAGCCAACCAAGCAAGAUUUCCCUUAUUGAUGCCAAUCGGGCCAAGAAUCUUGCAAUUACCCUCAGAAAAGGAGGCCUAACCCCUGAAGCGAUCACUGCUGCCAUUAAGGGGUAUGAUAUGCAGGCCCUUAAUGUGGAUUUCCUUGAGCUACUGGCAAGGUUUCUUCCGACAGACUGGGAGCGGCAGCAAAUCGCCCGCUAUCUGAAAGAUGAGAAGCCUCUGGACCAGCUGGGGGCAGAGGACAGAUUUAUGGUCCACCUCUGUUCUAUCCCAAGACUGGCUGAGCGAGUGAACACCAUGAUCUUCAUUUCCAGCUUUACCGACACUGUGGCUCGUCUUACGCCUCAACUUAAUGCUCUUAUUGCUGCAUCCAUGUCAAUAAAAUCCUCAGAGAAGAUGAAAGGAAUCCUGGAGUUGAUUCUGGCAUUCGGAAAUUACAUGAACAGCAGUAAGAGAGGUGCAGCGUAUGGAUUUCGUCUUCAGUCACUGGAUGCGCUCCUAGAGACAAAGUCUACAGACAGAAAGCAGACCUUGCUCCAUUAUCUGGUCCGAGUGAUCAGUGAGAAGUACGCUCACCUGGUAGGGUUCCACUCCGAACUGCACUUCCUGGAAAAGGCUGGCACAGUGUCCCUGGAUGCUUUGUUGUCCGAUGUCCGCGCUCUGCAGACUGGGAUGGAACAAACUCAGAAAGAAUUUACAAAGCAAGAUGAUUGCCGCACCCUGAAGGACUUUCUGAAAUCCAGUAUGGACAAGAUGUCACAGCUUUCUGCUGAUGCCAAGACAGCACAGGAAGCCUAUGAAACAGUUGUUGGGUAUUUUGGGGAGAACAGCAAGACUAUGGUUCCUUCGGCAUUCUUCCCAAUAUUUUUUCGAUUUGUGAAGGCCUACAAGCAAGCAGAGCAGGAUCUGGAGGCAUGGAAAAAGCAGGAAAUGGUGCCCACUGAGAAGGCUCAACAGGAGAAACCAACACAGUCUCCACCUGCCAAAGCAUCAAAACCGCCAGUCAAUCUGAUGGCUGAACUGAACAAGAAGCUGCAAACAAAAGAGCCACGGGUGUAUGAGGAGAACUGGGCCAUAGAGGAUAUCAUUACAGACCUGAGGAACCAGCCGUACAGGAGGACAGACAUUGCACGGAGGAACAGCAAAAAGCAGACCAGUGGAAUAGCAGUCAGCACUGCAGAUUUACCCGUCUGAUCACCGCAGGCACACUGGUGUCUACCAGAGGCUUCAUACUACCAACAAUGGCGAGAGGAGGGUUAAAGUCCACCAUACAUCAUCCCCAACCCUCAGUACAAGCACUUGGAUCUUCAAUGCACGUAACUUGGUUUAUAGAUCUAUAGAAAAUGGACAUUUAUAGGGUAAUAUAACCGGUUUUAGAACAAAUGUUCUUAAAUGCAAUGCUAUGCACCAAAUAUUACAGCUUCUGCCAAACAUUUCUAUAUGGGAGGUGGAGUGACCAGGAAAAGGUCAUAUUGCUAGUGUCAUGGUGCGUUUUAAGUGUUAAAUAUAUUGCCGUUUUUAUUUUGUGUAUAUAGAGAGGUCUGGAUUUCACAAGUUGCUGGUAUCACUGUAAAUAGACUGAUAAUUGGUCUUAUUGCACAAACUGUAUGUACUAUUAUCUUGUAACUUACUGGCCCAACAUCUUACAAUGCUCUAUAAAAGUAUAACUAAGACCUGCCACAGCCUUGCACUGAUUUGUCUAGUAAUGCCCAUAUGGUGGGUAAGGCCAGUCUCCCUCUCUGCACUGCCCUGGGCUUCUAAGCAGGAUAUUAGGGGGUAUGCCAGUAUUCCACAUACUUCCCUGUGUUGAAUUUAAGUGGACCUGUCCUAGACACAC